AUGUCCUCUGCAGACGAAUUUCGCCGCCGCACGCUCGCGAGGCUCGAGGCCGUCAAGAACCACCUCCCCUCGUCCCCGCGCGCUGACCGGCUGAAGGACAAGGUCUGCAUAAUCACCGGCGCUGGGUCGCUCAAAGGCAUCGGUCGCGCUUCUGCCAUCCUCUUCGCCCACCAAGGUGCCCGUCACCUUUACCUCUCCGACUACGAUGCGACAAACCUUCCGGAGCUCAAGGCCACAAUUGAACGUUCCUACCCUGACGUCAAGGUCACAACUCAGCAAGCUGACGCCGCGGACGAGGACACCGUCAGGGGUCUCUGUGACCGGGCGAUGAAGGAGGAAGGCCGUCUGGACGCCGGCUGGGCCUCGUCCGCUUUCCUGACGGACAUCGACUCCAAGCUUUUCAUGGAGUCCAUGCGCAUCAAUGCUCUGUCGUGCCUCUUGGCCGUCAAGUAUGCCUCCGCCGCAAUGCAGAAGACGAACCCGUCCCGCGGCAAGGAGCACAGUGCCGGCAGCAUCAUCCUCACCGCCUCCGUCGCGGGCAUCCGCUCCGGUGCCGGCACCACCGACUACAGCGCCAGCAAAGCCGCCGUGAACAGCAUCGUGAUGACCGCCUGCAACCAGCUCGCGCGGCUCGACAUCCGCGUCAACAGCAUUUGCCCAGGCCUCAUCGAGACCGGCAUGACUGCGACAGUGUUCGACGCGGCGCGCGCGCGGGGCACCGAGCGCAAGAUCGGUCAGCUCAACCCGCUUGGUCGGUACGGUGUGCCCAUAGAAAUUGCCAAUGUCGCCAUGUUCCUGGCCUCGGACGAGGCCAGCUAUGUCAAUGGGCAAAUGUGGGCCGUCGAUGGUGGCUUGUCCAGCUCGCACCCCGUCGUCCCCGGAAAGCUGGCGUGA